AUGCCAAAGCACUAUGUGAGGCACUUCUGGGGUUCAAUGAUGUCGCCGAGAAAGUUUGCAAGUCUGUUGAAGCCUUAUAAUUUAAAUUUUGGUUUAGUGGAGGACAUUCUCGGAGAUUUAUACGCCCAACUGAAAAAACUCGAACCAGAUAAUUCUGCUUGCGUUCAAUUGCACCUCUGUGAUGCCUCCUGUAUUGUACCUGGUUUUAACACUGAGGCUCCCAUACAACCGACGAAGGUCAAAAUGAACGUUGAAGUCGUGGACACUGCAAAGUUGAUUCAAGGAAUUGCGAAGCUCCAACAUUUGGCAUUCAGCCUGUCUUACAAUCACACUGAACCUCUUUAUAUUAUUAUCACAGAAAAAAAGAAUUUCAAUAAUUUUUUGAUGUGA